AUGUCUGAAGGCAAAGCUGUUGGUAUUGACUUGGGUACUACCUACUCGUGUGUUGGCGUCUGGCAAAACGACCGUGUCGAAAUUAUUGCCAACGACCAGGGUAACCGCACUACUCCCUCGUACGUCGGUUUCACCGACUCUGAGCGUUUGAUCGGUGAUGCCGCCAAGAACCAGGUCGCCAUGAACCCCUUCAACACCGUCUUUGACGCCAAGCGUCUGAUCGGCCGUCGUUUCGCCGAGUCUGAGGUCCAGUCUGACAUGAAGCACUGGCCCUUCAAGAUCAUCGACAAGGCUGGCUUGCCCGUCAUCCAGGUCGAGUACAAGGGCGAGACCAAGCAGUUCACCCCCGAAGAAAUCUCCUCCAUGGUCCUUAUCAAGAUGAAGGAGGUUGCCGAGGGCUACUUGGGCACCACCGUCAAGAACGCUGUCAUCACUGUCCCUGCUUACUUCAACGACAGCCAGCGUCAAGCUACCAAGGACUCCGGUGCCAUUGCUGGCUUGAACGUCCAGCGUAUCAUCAACGAGCCCACUGCUGCUGCCAUUGCCUAUGGUUUGGACAAGAAGGUCGAAGGCGAGCGCAACGUCCUUAUCUUCGAUUUGGGUGGUGGUACCUUCGAUGUCUCCCUUUUGACCAUCGAAGACGGUAUCUUUGAAGUCAAGGCCACUGCUGGUGACACUCACUUGGGUGGUGAAGAUUUCGACAACCGUCUUGUCAACCAUUUCAUGCAAGAGUUCAAGCGCAAGUUCAAGAAGGACAUCUCUGGCAACGCCCGUGCCGUCCGUCGUCUCCGCACUGCCUGUGAGCGUGCUAAGCGCACCCUCUCUUCGUCUGCCCAGACCUCGAUCGAAAUCGACUCGUUGUUCGAGGGUGUUGACUUCUACACCUCGCUCACCCGUGCUCGUUUCGAGGAAUUGAACCAGGACUUGUUCCGUUCCACCAUGGACCCCGUCGAAAAGGUCUUGCGCGACUCCAAGAUCGACAAGGGCUCCGUCCACGACAUCGUCUUGGUCGGUGGUUCCACCCGUAUCCCCAAGGUCCAGAAGCUCGUCUCUGACUUCUUCAACGGCAAGGAGCCCAACAAAUCCAUCAACCCUGAUGAAGCCGUUGCCUACGGUGCUGCCGUCCAGGCCGCUAUCUUGUCCGGUGACACCUCCGAGAAGACCCAAGACUUGCUCUUGCUCGAUGUCGCUCCCCUCUCCUUGGGUAUUGAAACCGCUGGUGGUGUCAUGACCGCCUUGAUCAAGCGUAACACCACUGUCCCCACCAAGAAGUCCGAGAUCUUCUCCACCUACGCUGACAACCAGCCCGGUGUCUUGAUCCAGGUCUUCGAAGGUGAACGUGCUCGCACCAAGGACAACAACUUGCUCGGCAAGUUCGAACUCACUGGUAUCCCCCCCGCCCCCCGUGGUGUUCCCCAGAUCGAGGUCACCUUCGAUGUCGAUGCCAACGGUAUCUUGAACGUCUCCGCCUUGGACAAGACCACUGGCAAGUCCAACAAGAUCACCAUCACCAACGACAAGGGCCGUCUCUCCAAGGAAGACAUUGAGCGCAUGGUUGCUGACGCCGAGAAGUACAAGGCUGAGGAUGAGGCUGCUGCUUCCCGUAUCCAGGCCAAGAACGGCUUGGAAUCCUAUGCUUUCAACUUGCGCAACACCCUCUCCGAGGAGAAGGUUGCCGGUGCCCUUGAGGAGGCCGACAAGACCAAGUUGAACGCUGCCAUCGAUGAAGCCAUCAAGUGGCUCGACGAGUCCCAGGAAGCUUCCAAGGAAGAAUACGAGGGCAAGCAGAAGGAGCUUGAAGAAGUUGCCAACCCCAUCAUGCAGAAGUUGUACGCUCAGGCUGGUGGUGAGGGCGGUAUGCCCGGUGCUGGUGCUGCCCCUGGUGCCGCCCCUGGUGGUUUCCCUGGUGCCGGUGCCGCUCCUGGUGGCGCAUCCAACGACAACGACGGUCCCUCCAUCGAGGAAGUCGACUAA